AUGCUUGCUAUUGACCCUACAAUCGCUUUGGCAAAGCUUUCGUCAUUGCUCUUGUCUGCACCACACGGAAAAUCGAACGCUGGUCUGGUAGCUGACGGGAGGGUGCCCUUCUGUGCUUCGAAACUGUUAAGCAUCGGCAUCGGUUUUCAGCUGGUCAGGCUCUCUUGGGCAGCCAAUCAAUUGAAGGACACAGUUAUUUACAUUAGCAAGCAUGCAAGCAUGGUGGGUCUGAAGGAUGAGGAAAUAAUCGGUAGCGUGGAUAAAAGUUUUCUAGAGAUAUACUUUCAGAGCUCUAACAGGGAUGGCAGUAGCAGUACUAAGGCUUGUAUGAGCAUCAAGUGA